AUGUUGGAAGCGAAGCUCGAGCAGGCGGACAUCCUGAAGAAGGUCGUUGACGCCAUCAAGGACCUGGUCCAAGACUGCAACUUCGACUGCAAUGACUCUGGCAUCGCGCUCCAGGCCAUGGAUAACUCCCACGUUGCCCUGGUCUCCAUGAUGCUCAAGGCCGAGGCCUUCUCUCCCUACCGAUGCGAUCGCAACAUCGCGCUCGGCGUCAACCUGACCUCGCUCACCAAGGUCCUGCGCGCCGCCAACAGCACUGACCAGCUCACUCUGAAGGCCGAGGACGCCCCGGACAGUCUCAGCCUCACCUUUGAGAACGGCCAGGACCGUUUCAGCGAGUACGACCUUAAGCUCAUGGACAUUGACCAGGAGCACCUGGGCAUUCCCGACACGGAUUACGCGGCGACCAUCACCCUGCCCUCCAACGAGUUCAGGCGCAUCUGCGUGGACCUGUCCGCUAUGAGCGAGUCAGUCACGAUUGAAGCGAACAAGGAUGGCGUCAAGUUCUCGAGCAACGGCGACAUCGGCAAUGGCGCCGUCACCCUGCGCUCUCACCAGAACGUCGACAGCCCUCAGACCAACGUCGAGAUUGCGCUCACCGAGCCCGUCACCCUGACCUUCUCCCUCAAGUACCUUGUCAACUUCUGCAAGGCCUCAGGCCUCUCCACUUCCGUCAAGCUCUGCCUCUCCAACGAGGUGCCCCUGCUCGUUGAGUACCCGCUCACCGGCGAGGGCGGCAGCUUCCUGCAAUUUUACCUCGCGCCCAAGAUUGGCGAUGAGGAGUAA